UCGGAAUCUAGAGUCCUGCGCUAAUGCAGAGAAGGAAGACGUCACCUAUAAUAGUGUUAACCCUUUACCAGGACAAGAAGAAUAUAUGAAGAUGCCAUCAUCAUUGGACACGAAGGACAUCACUGAAGCUUAACUUCAUAGCAGUCGCCUACAGGCCAUGUGCCCCAUGUGAUCGCACUGACCUCGGUCAGACCUAGUCAACUUAAAACCUAAGGUUUAUUGAAGAUAUUCAGUCUGAAGACCUCAAAAUGAAAAGAAACCAAACAAUCACCAUUGAAUUCGUCCUCCUUGGCUUCAGGGAUCUCCAUGGUCUUCAUAUCCCUCUGUUCUUACUGUGUUUGAUGGUUUACGUCCUGUGUUUGAUUGGGAACCUCAUGAUCAUAGUUCUUGUGUCCUGCAGUCAACUCCUCGACUCCCCCAUGUACUUCUUCCUCUGCCACCUGUCUGUGUGUGACAUGCUCCUCACCACCAACAUUGUACCCAGUCUUCUCCACACCAUCUUGAGGAGUGGCAGAGCCAUGCCAUUCCCUGACUGCCUCACCCAGUUCCAGUUCUUUGCCUCUUCCACCGGCACUGAAUGCCUCCUUCUGACGGUCAUGUCUUAUGAUCGAUACUUGGCGAUCUGUCAUCCUCUGUCUUACAUACCAAUCAUGGGAGCGAAGCUGAGACACCACCUGGUGCUGGGUUCCUGGGGUCUGAGCUUCACCAUCACAUUGAUCAUCACAGUUCUGAUGUCUAGACUGAACUUCUGCGGUGAGAACAUCAUUGAUCAUUUCUUCUGUGACUUUACACCCAUCCUCCAGCUUUCCUGCUCAGACACCCGACUCUUACAAACCAUUGACCUCAUCCUGACGGCUCCGGUGACCCUGUUACCCUUUAUGGCCAUAAUUGUCAGCUAUGUCUGUAUAUCGGCCGUCAUCGUGAAGAUCCCUACAGUGUCGGGACGGCAGAAGGCGUUCUCCACCUGCAGCUCUCACCUCACUGUCGUAACUAUAUACUAUGUGUCGCUUAUUGCUAUAUAUUUGGUGCCAGCCUCUGGACACUCAAUGAUAAACCUUAAGAUUCUCUCAUUAAUAUACACAGUCAUCACCCCUUUCCUUAACCCUUUAAUAUACACGUUACGAAACAAAGAGAUCAAAGUGACAUUCACGAAAAUAUUUUGUUUCAAAUUGAAAAGACAGGAAAAUGUAAGUCUGCAGAAACAGUAAUAACAAGAAGUAAAGGGUCUACUCCUAGGUAAAUAAAGCCCCCCAGUCUGUA